AUGUAUUAUGUAAUCAUCAUUAUUCAAUUAUUAAAUGUUAUAAAUUAUCAUUCAGUAUUAUCAUAUCAAACCAAUGAGUUGAGUAGAAACACUAUGCCUUUAAAUAGAUUAAAACGUAUAGUACAUCAUAGUAAUUCUAAUUUAGAUCAUUCUAUUCUAUCUAAUACUAUGAAUAUCUUCUAUCGUAUUCGUGCUGAUAGAAAAGGUUUAAUUACAUGUGAAGUAAACAUAAAAGAAAUUGAUUUUUCCCAUAGUAACAAAAAUAUACAUAAUCAAACAAAAUUAAUCAAUGAAUCAAUGAUUGAAAUGAAACCAAAAAGUACGGUAUAUUUAAUUUGUCCACAGCUUUCAACUUCCAUAUGUUAUAUGGACUGUAGUCCAAACUGUUUAUUAAAUGAAAAUGGUUGUACAAUACCACGUAGUAUAGCACAAGUUAUUGAAGGAUGUCAAUUUAAAAGGAUCAAUGCAAGCACAUUCCAAUAUCAAUAUAUUAUUAAUAUGGAACAACUUGAUCAUACUGGACUAUGGAAUUGUGAAUAUCGUGGACAACGGGCAGUUAGAUCACUAGAAUUACAGGCUGCAGAAACUUUUCCAGCAAAUAUCAGUGAUGCUAAUAAUAAUCCUGAUAAAAAUAUUACCAGCAGUAAUAAUGAUAUUCAGAUUAAGAAUGGCUUAUUGAAACAAAAUAGAACCGAUAUUAUAAAUCAGUCUCACAGAAACAUCAAAAGUCAAUCUAAAUUCAAUAAAAUCAAUUUAAUUACAGCGAAGAGUGAAAUAAUUGAAAACAGGAAAAAUCCGAAUACUUUCGAUGAAGUUACCAUGGAGACAAUGCAUCAAAAUAAUUUGAUGAAUUUAACUGAUGAAUUGAAAAAUGACACUAUGGAUAAAAAGUAUAUUCGUUUGGCACAGAAACAAGAAAGUCAACGUCUACUUGAUUUUAAAUUGACUCGACCUGAAUUGGUACUCAGUUUGAUUGGAAUAUUGGCUAUUUCUCUGAUCGUCAAUAUUAUUUUAAUAAUUCGAUGUUUAUUAUUGAAGAGUUAUUUAGAUGAUGCCCAACAUGGAAAAGUAAACUCCUACUUAAAAUGUGUAUUAUGUAUACAAACCAAAUCUAAUUUAAACAUGUCAACAUCUAUGAAUAAAUCAUUGAAUGCAUCGAAUCAUCAACCAUUAUUAAUGACAUCAUGUCAUGUUGGACAAAUCAUUGAACCUAAUACAACAUUCAUGAAUUAUUCUACACAAAUUGAUGAUAGUUUAACAGAAUCUGUCUUAUUAUAUCAUAAUAAAUCUGGACAUUAUACACAGAAUGAAAAUAAUCAUUUAUUACCACCUAUGAAUAGUAAUAUGAUGUUACCAAAUCUAUUUCAACCAACUACAUCCAUUCUACCAUUAUCAACAACACAUAAUACAAAUGUUUCAUAUAUAUCAACAACUCCAACAUUUCAUCAUUUAAUUAGUAAUUCAUCAACAAUGAAUCCAGAUGAUUUAUUCAAAUAUCAUAAACAGAAUGGUCAAAGUAGUUCUGGUGUUUCAAUAGAAUCAGAUCCAACUUCAAUAAAACGAACAAAUUUAUUUCAUUCACAAUCGGUUAAUUAUUCUAAACAAUCCAAUUAUCAUCAUCAUAAUCAUCCUUUAUUAUCUGAAUGUUGUUUUCAAAAUGGUAGUAUUACUAUACCUGGUCAAAAUGGUAGUUUAAAUGGAUCAUUAUUAUAUUCAAAUGAUUCAACAAGUUUAACUGAUACAACAAAUGGAAAUGGUGUAAUUAUACCAAAUCAUAUCAUUGUAUCACCAAAUCCUUAUUCAACUUAUCGUAUGCAAUAUUUAUGUACAGGUGAACAAUCUGAUAAAUUAACAAGAAAAGUUGAUAUUCAACAACAAUCAAAACAAUAUCAUCCAUUUACACAAUCAAAUAGUAAUACCAAUAGUAUAUAUCAACAUAGUUCAUCACAAUCUACUCAACAAAAAGACCAUCAAUUAUGUACAAAUAUUGAAUUAUCUCAUUCAAAUGAUAUUGAAAAUGAUGAAACAUAUUUAACGAAUUAUACAUUUAGAAAUAGUUCUACAAUUGAUUCAUUAUCACAGGAUACUAUUAAUCAAUCAAUCAAUCAAUUAUCAUCAUGUCUUACACCAUUAAUAGUUAGAUUUCCAUCUGGUGAAUCCGGAUUUUUAUUUUGUCCAACUCACACAACAAUAAAUGAACAUUAUCAAACGGAUAGUUUAUCAUCACAUCAAUCAAAUCGUUUAUCAAUGAUCUCUAAUCCUAUUCAUAAAUCAAUAAAUAUAGACUUAAAAGAAAAUGAUACAUUAUUAAAUUCAAAUAUAAAAAUCAAUACAAAUUGUAUCCAAAGUAAUUUAGAGGGUAAUUUAAAAUUAGAAAAUUCUAUUGAAUCAAAUCAAUUACUUAAAAUUAAUCAACAUUUAAUUUCAUUGGAAAUCGAUAAUAAUAAUAAUAAUAAUUAUGAUAAUCAUGAAAAAUUAAAUACAUUACAAAAUUCAAAUAAUUCAUUAAUUAAUUCUGAAACAUCAUUGAUUAAAUCGAAUGAGAAAUUAGAAAUAAUCAAUAUUCAAACAUCAUUACAUAAUAAUAAUAGUAACAAUAAUAUACAUCGAAAUUGUGAAUUUCAUCAAUUUAAUGAUAGUUCUAAUGAUCGAUUACAUAAUCAAAAUGAUAUUCAGGAAUUAAAUAUUAAUCCUACUAUAUAUCCGGUGCAUUAA